CUGCCAGCAAAAGCAGGUGCUCUUACCCUAUCAGUGCUCCAGGGGAAAUAUUUAGAAAUGGAAAAGCUGAUGCUUGUCUACAGCUCCUGUAAAGUUAUCUGGACACUGCUUUUAACAAUUCUGGGCUGUGCCAGCUGUCUGCCUGUGGGUGAUGAGUCUAUUUGCACAGCAGAGGAGCUUGCUAAAUACAGCAUAGUCUUUACAGGGAAAUGGAGUCAGACUGCUUUCCCUAAGCAGUAUCCCCUGUAUAGGCCUCCAGCCCAGUGGUCAUCAGUGCUAGGUGUCACCCAUAGUUCUGACUACAACAUGUGGAAAAAGAAUGAAUAUGCCAGCAAUGGCAUACGUGAUUUUGCUGAAAAAGGUGAAGCAUGGGUUUUAAUGAAGGAAAUAGAGGAAGCUGGGGAAAGAAUCCAAAGUGUACAUGGGAUCUUCUCCGCUCCUGCUGUUUCUACUGGUACAGGAGAAACAUCUACUGAAUUAGAAGUUCAUUCAAGGCAUCAGUUAGUUUCAUUUGUUGUACGAAUUGUGCCAAGCCCUGAUUGGUUUGUGGGGAUAGACAGUCUAAAUCUAUGUGAAGGAAAUCGGUGGAAAGAAGAAGUAUCAGUAGAUCUUUUUCCAUAUGAUGCUGGAACCGACAGUGGCUUCACAUUUUCCUCACCAAAUUUUGCCACUAUUCCCCAGGACACCGUUACAGAGAUCACUUGUUCCUCUCCAAGUCAUCCAGCAAACUCGUUUUAUUAUCCCAAGUUAAAAAAUUUGCCACCGAUUGCUCGUGUAACCCUGGUGAAACUUAAGAAAAAUCAACGGGGUGUUCCUGUUUCUAAACUGAAUAGAAAAGGCAAUGAAAUAGAUGAUUCAGUCUCAGAAACACCACUGGAUUGUGAGGUUUCUCUGUGGUCUUCCUGGGGUCUUUGCAGAGGUCGUUGUGGAAAGCCAGGGACGAAAAUCAGAACUCGUUUCAUACUUCUUCAACCAGCCAAUAAUGGAAGUCCCUGUCCAAACUUGGAUGAAGCAGCAGAAUGUGAACCAGAAAAUUGUGUCUGAAAUCUCCUUUCCAAUGGAAUUAAAAAAACCCAAACAGAUAAUACUUUAGAUAAUUUAAAUGUAGGAUAGAUUUAGCUGAAUGUAUACUACAUCUCAGUGAAUAUUCCUCAUAAUUCAGGUAUGUUCUACUAUUUUACUGAAAAGUUUUCUUAGACUGGAUGAUGUAUUCUUUUGUUUGAAAUUAAGACUUUUUUUAGAUUCCUACAUUUUAGUAUGUCAACUGUACUCUAUCAUUUACAGACCAAAAAAAGAAAAAAAAAUCCUUCCUAUAAAUACUGUGUAAGUUCUUGCAGUACCCUCUAGUGGCGGAAAGGAAGAUUUUUGAACAUAUUAUAUGAAGUUCACUUAUGUCAAAAAAAUCUUUUGAAAAGAAAAUGUAAAAUAACACAAUCUCUCUUUUAAAUAUUAGGAUUUUUAAUUGUUUAUUUAUACCUAUAAUGCUAAUUAUGUUGCUUUAAAUUAUGUUUUAUUAUAAUUUAUUGGCAUUUAUGUUGACUUCUUUGUAAUCAUGUUUAUUUUAGCACACUCCUUCAGAAAACUCUUGUAUAAAUCAGAGUAACCAGAUGAUGUAGUAUGGUUUGGGUAAUUGUGUCAUCUUAUACAUGGAGAGCAGGAAGUUUUGUUUUUUGGGGUGUUUUUGUUUGUUUUGUUGUUUUUGAUGCCUAAAAAACCAUUCAGCCAUAAAAGCUUAAUUGUGAAUACUGAUGGAGAACCUGUUACAAACGUUGGGGAGGGGAAACGAACAUUAUAGAUGUGUUUUUUAAAUAAAGCAAAAUUGUAGUAUGCCUGACAUUGCAAAACAUAAUAUUCCAGGAACUGUUCUAGAUAGCAAGUUUAAUUAUUCAGAUACCUAAAUGGUUGUAAAAAAAAAAAAGACAGAACUGGUCUUUGUUUUAUAGUGUUUGUUUAUAAAAUUGGAAAAGCAUUUUGAACUAUAAAAGUUCAGAAGAUAACUUUUCUGUGAGUUGUGUGUUUUCACAUCCACUAUACAGCACACUACAGGUGCAGGUAACAAAGAAAUAGUCUUGGGUAGGGUGCAUUUCUUCUGAAACAUGACAGCUAUAAAAACCAUUGUUGUGCACCAAGGGGGGGCUCAUGGCUUUCUUUUUAUCGGUAGAAACUUUUAAGUUUUAUACUUUUAUAAGACUCGGAAGGAUCCUGGUAAGUCCUGAAAAUAGGAUAAAUAUAUAAAACAAAUUCUAACCAUUUUUCUAGCCGUCUCAUAUUCUUCAGAUUCUAACAUGCCUCCUUACUAUUCUCUUCCCAUUUCACUUAUUGUCACAUCUAUUUUUCCAAGCUCUUUGUGUCUAUAUUUUUAUUAUUUCACCUUCUCUUACACACACUUAUUUUAGAAAAAAUAAUCUUGUGUAUUAGCUUUUUCCAUGCUCUGUGCUUAGUUCAUCUGCCCUCCUUUCCCAUUCUUUUCAUUAUCUAUUUAUAGUAGCUUUUCCUUAUUUUCUGUUUUCUUUUCUUUUUGAUCCAGUUAUGUAGGUAUUUACACAAUAUCACCUCCAUUAUUAUGGCAUCAAAAAAUCUUGAACAUUUAUUGAAACAACUACAUGAAGUAUACUUUUUGCUUCUCUGUAUCCUGAGUCUUUCCAUCUUCUACUCCCUUAAUUUUUAUUUCCUGUUACCCCAUCUCACUGAGCCAUCCUGCUCCAAGAAAUUGCUGUAUUACUGCAAGGGCAGAUGUUGCUUCCCGUAUCACCCCCUAAUGCUGGCCAGGACUGGAUCUAGAAUUUUGACUCCUCCACAGGUCAAAGGCUAGACCCAAUAAAAGAGUUAGGUACCUAGAUGGAACUGAGAUGCAAGUCCAAACUAUGAUCUGAUCUGGCUAAUCCUGUUUGAUUGUAACUCCACUUAACUCUAGUGUUCUGUUUCUGUGCAUGACCAGAACUACCCUCAGACAAUAUCCAGAGAAAAGGACUUUGGUACCUAAAAGAUAGACGAUGUAAUGGCUAGAUUUUUAGGGGUCAGGUCUUUGGAGAGAUAUCAGAACCCUGCAUUAAGCAUCUAAUAUCCCUAUACAAUGUAUGGGUUCCUUAAAACGGUAUCCAGACAUCUUACAUCCUAAGGGGGAAGCCACUCAGAGCUAACCAACAGGCGAUGUUUCAGACAGGGAGGUGUCUGAAAUCUGUCCCUUUCUGGAGUUAGGCACCUAAUACAGAGCUUCAGUGUGGGGCUGCUGUUCAUUCUGGAAUGCAUCAAGCCUAGGCAAACCUGAGGCUGGAUAGAUUUAAAGACCUGGACUAGAUCAUUUAAAACUAGAUCAUUUAACACAACUUUUUUGGCCACUCUGAUCUUCUUCCCCGGCCCAAUCAGCUGUUCUGCUUUCUGCUUCUUGCCCUAUGCAUAUGACAUGCCACACACAGAGGUUGCCUGUGCCACUUAUAGCACGCAUGCUGCUGGUUGGUCUCCCCUGUUUUAAAACAUUGGAGAUAGCGGCGCCACUCAUCCAGGAAAUAGGAGAUCAGGAUUAAAUUCUGUCCUCAGUAUAAGGAGGGUUAAAACAUAUA